UGUGGCCUUGUGUCAUGUCGUUAUCGUAAAAUUUCGUACGCAAAUCAAUUUAGCAAAAACGUUCAAAUAAACAUCGUUUCUUAUUUUUAAAGGUGACGGAAGGCAGCUUUGGGUAAGAUGUUCCCGCCGACGCGCUUAAAGAGCUGCCUUCCAGUCAUGAAUCCGAUGUUCAAGCGAUUACGUCCACACAGACCGUUCCGACAAACAUCGUAUCACAAUCAAACAAAGGUUUCCAGUACUGUUACAAAUACAAAAUGGAUGAAUUUACGAGCAAUAAUAACUCGCUGGGUGCCUCUUGGGAGUGUUAUGUACGUCGGAUGGUGCUACAUACGAGCUAGCGUUAAUUAUGAAGUGUCUAAAGUGGAAAUUAAAUUUUACGAAAUGUUUCCGUUUAGAAUUACAAGUCGACUAUGGGGGCGUCUCGCGGCCUGCGAACUCCCUACUUCAAUUAGGAAUUUCGUCUACGGAACAUACGUGCGUGUGUUUAAUGUGAACUUAAAUGAUGCUGCGGUCACAGAUUUGAAAUAUUACAAGAGUUUAUCGGCGUUUUUUACGCGUCCUUUACGUGAAGGUGCUCGGUACAUUUCACCUUCGAUUUGUGUGUCUCCAUGUGAUGGUGUUGUUUUAAACUGCGGGCCAGCGGAUACAGAUAAAAUCGAGCAAGUUAAAGGCGUAACUUACAGCUUGGAGGAAUUUCUCGGUGAGAACAAAUGGUCGGAAAAUACAGAUCCGAAUUACUACAAUUCAUUAUUAAAAGAUAAAAAUAACAUCUUACAUCAAUGUAUAAUAUAUCUAGCGCCAGGAGAUUACCAUAGAUUCCAUUCACCAUGCGAUUGGACAUCCAAAUUCCGUAGACAUUUCUCCGGGAAGCUUUUAUCUGUAAAUCCGUGGAUGGCGCGUUUAAUACCCGGUCUAUUUACAAUGAAUGAGAGAGCAGUGUACAUAGGUGAGUGGAAACAUGGUUUUUUCAGUAUGACCGCAGUCGGAGCAACCAAUGUUGGUUCAAUCGAGAUUUACAGCGAUCCAAACUUGCGUACAAACACGAAAGGCAAGAGGAAUCGUGUCGAUGAGUUGAAUAUUAAUACAUCGUAUUGUAAAGGUGAUUUAUUCGGUCAAUUUAAUAUGGGAAGUACGAUAAUCUUAUUGUUUGAAGCACCGAAAGAUUUUAAAUUUGAAUUUAAGUCCGGAGAGAGGGUGUUAGUUGGACAAGCGUUGACGGGAUGUGCUGUACAUGCUAGAUGACCUGGCUUUACUGAUCUCUUGCAUUUAAUGCAAAUCAUGUUAAUAUUCUGUAUGUUUUGUUACUUUAAGUAAUCAUCACAUACUUGUGUUUAACAUUUAUUAUAAAAAUAUAGUUUUCUUUGAGAUUCAAGUUGGUUGCUUUUGUUUUUCUUUCUCAAUUGUAAAAAAUUGUGUUUCCGAGUUAAAAGUAAGUUAUGAAAACUAUAUUUAUAAUACUUGUAUCUUAAAAGAGACAUAAUUGUGACAGAGGCUAUGUAGCUUUUUAAUUCAUUUUAAUUAUAGCUUCAGUGACUUUUUUAUUUCUAGUAUACCUCUGAAAAUGUGGAUUUUGCCUAACUGUACUGAUUUUCAAUAGUUUUUCAACACCUUUAGUUGCUGGCAUUUUAUAUCUGUCAAGUUUUCUGUAACCAGGGGUUCUUAACUUUGGGUAUAUAUUAAUUUACUAGCUGUUCCCUUGCAGCUUCAUCCGCAUAAGAUUAUGAAAAUUUUAUCAUUUACAUGUGUC